AUGCCUUCUCAACCUCAACCCAAACAAGUUUUCCUUCCGCUCGAGGAUGGCUCACACCAUGAAGCAAAAGAAGAUGCAUUUGCAGCCCCCAAACGCAUCAUCAUUUGUUGUGAUGGUACUUGGCAGUCCUCGGUAUCAGGCCUCAAGAACAUCCCGUCCAAUGUUACAAGGCUUGCCCGUUCAAUUGCUCGCAGUGGCAAGGACAAAGACGAGAAAGUAUGGCAGCAAGUAGUUUACUACGAUGCCGGCAUUGGAACAGGAGACCUUGGUCAAGCAGAGGCCAAUCGGCAAGGAGGUGCUGGCAUUGGAUUUGUGGGCAACGUUAUUGAAGCCUACAACUUCAUCGUCCUGAACUACAAUAUUGGCGACGAGAUCUUUUGCUUUGGCUUCUCUCGAGGAGCUUAUACCGCUCGUGCAGUCGCAGGUCUCGUCACUGAUAUUGGUGUUGUCUGUCCCAAGGACCUGCAAGAUUUCCCUGACCUUUACGCCCUGUACCAGAAGAAUCCUGAUGGUUUCCAUUUCCGCAAGUCGCAAGCUUACAUGGAAUGGGUUAACGGUGUGCCAUCUAAGAAGGAGGCUAAUGGGGGGCCCCAAAUUCAGUCUCAAUGGGACAGUCCUCCUCACCAUGAUGCCCCUGAGUCGUCCAGAUUCGUAAAGGUUGUCGGUGUUUUUGACACUGUUGGAAGCUUGGGUAUCCCCGAUUUGCCCUGGACUCGUUUCAAUCUCAAGUUCCUCGAGAAGGCCGUCGGGAUCGCUGACCCUGGUUUUCAUAACAUUCAUCUGAGUCCUUACAUUCAGCAUGCUUACCAUGCUUUGGCUCUGGACGAACAUCGAGCACCGUUCUCGCCCAGUCUUUGGCACUUCCCAGCCAACAAGGACCAUGACCCUCCCAAGCCUGCUAAGGAUGUGGAGCAGCUUUGGUCCGACUGGGAGAAGAUGUACAAGAACUCCAGCGCAACAAAAAAGCAGCUACAAGAUGCGUGGGGUGCUGUAGUUGAUGGUGAGAUGUAUGAACAUCUCCAGGGCAAUAAGUCAGAACUAUUACAAGUAUGGUUUCCAGGCGUACACAUCAACAUUGGCGGCGGGAAUGAUGACCUCCUUACUGAGAAGAAGAGUGAUCUCGAGCAAAUCGCACUGAUCUCAUUCGCCUGGAUGUGUGAGCAAGUCGCUCCUUAUUUGCAGUUCGUCGAAGACGGUAGCUUGGGCGAGCUCGGCAAAUCAGCAGUCCAAGACCGCUACAACCUCCUCAAACCACUCCUAACUAAUAUUCAAACCGGAGAUGAGAAGGACUACGGCCCUGGGCCAUUGUCUAGCCGCAUCGCAGCCUCCUUGGACCGCACAGGUAUCAAGAAAGCAGACGUUCGUAAAAUCCCAGAGGAGACGGUCAGCGGCUGGGCAACUGGGCCUAUUGUUGAUAGUUUCACCGGCGCCAUGAUCGCCGGAGGCUCCGUCGACAGAGUCCCUGGCAACUAUACCAAGGACGACAAAGGUCGCGACAUAGGUGAUACAUAUGAGAUGAUCCAUCCGUGCGUCAAGUAUCGCAUGAGCAAAAUUCCGAGCUACAAGCCCAAAGCCCUGCGUGGCUUUGAGAGGACCGCUGAUGGAGGCAAAGGGUUUGUGUGGACAAAGGGCAAUGUUAAGAUCCCAGAAUUUGUGAUUAAGACGGGAGAUGCUUUCUCGAGGCAUGUUGCGGAGCAGGAUCGCAGUGCUGGCGGAAAUGCCCGGGAUUUCCUCAAGUCGAUUGAUACGGUAGUUGUCUGA